UUGGCCGCGCCGCCUUCCUGGCCCUUGAUAUGGAGUUUACUGGCUUACAUUCAACUUCCCCACAAAAUAAUGAGCCCAGCCUGUUUGAUUCCCCUACGGAGCGGUACCUGAAGGCCAGGCAGAGCAUUCAGCGCUUCACUGUUACUCAGCUUGGGCUAGCAAUAUUCUCAAAUGAAAAUUCAAACAAGUAUGUGGUGCAUUCAUACAACUUCUUUCUCUUUCCCUCAACAUUGGGAGUUACGGAUGUCGAAUUCAGCCUCUCUGCAUCUAGCAUUCAGUUCCUGUCUCAUUAUGGCUUUGACUAUAAUAAGUUCCUCAAAGAUGGAAUCCCAUACAUGAAUGAGGUACAGGAAAAGAUCCUUAGCCAGCAUCUCUUAGCAGGUAGCUGGAAAGUCAGCAGUGCCGUGGACAGGGAUGUGCUGAAGAAGGCUAUUGAUGAAGUGACCUGUUGGAUGGCUGCAGCAGAGGAAGAGGAGACUAUGAUUCUGCAGGAUCUGAGUGGCUAUCAGAUGUUUGAAGUUCAGCUGGUUCUGAGACAGGCUCUCCAAAAUGUUUGGACACAGCCUCUUGGUGAUAAGAAGGUAAUGGUGAAAAAAGUGACUCCACAGCAUCGUCGGCUUCUGGAGAACUCUCCUUAUGACUACUGCCAGAAGGACCUCAUUCUCCUGUCUGCCCGGGGCUUCACCAACCUCUUCCAGACACUUGUUAAAGCCAAGAAGCCCCUGGUGGGACACAACAUGCUUAUGGACCUUAUGCAUCUUCACGACAAGUUCUACAAGCCCCUUCCAGAAAGCUAUGAGGAGUUUAAAAGGAACAUUCACAACCUGUUUCCUGUCCUCAUAGACACCAAGACUGUAACAAAAUCCAUCUGGAAGAAAUGUCUGUUUCCUCGAGCAUCUAAUCUUUUGGAGGUGUAUGCAGUUUUGUGCAGCAACCUAAAUCCCGAAGAUUCAACGUGCCCAGUGAUAGCUCUUGCAAGCAGCUGCUCAAGAUAUGCUGAGAAGUCGUCUCCUCACGAGGCAGGCUAUGAUGCAUUUCUCUGUGGUUCAGUUCUUCUGAAGUCAGCUCAUUUGCUACUGUGCAGAUCCACAGAUGACGCAGUGGAGGCUGAUCCUUCUUUCUCUCAGUAUCUCACCGUGUUAGCCGAGUAUCUGAACAAAGUGAAUUUCAUCCGAGGUGCUGUUUCAAGCAUUAAUUUUUCUGGGGAAGAUGCUCCCUGCCAGCAUCCCCCUCUCUUGGUUGUCCAUGUCCGAGGCUGGCCAGGGCUGAAUGAAGGGCAGAUUUACGAAGAGUUUAAAGCUCUUUGUCGCUUUGAUGUCAGACGGCUUUCAGAGAACCAGUUCAUUCUUCUCUCCAAUAAAUUUAAGCUCGUCAGGCUUGUUCUGCGGGAUUAUAAGCAUCACCCUCACCUGCGGGUUUCUGUCUAUCGCCACUGGAGGCACUCUCCGCACGUGAACUGCCUGCUGCAAGUCUCUGGUAUUGUGGCACUGUGGUCUCUCUUGGCCUUUGUACUCGGAAGAGCUCCUUGUUGUUCAUUCUAAAGGACUGCCUUACAGAUGAGACAUGAGGAAUGCAGAUCUUAUUUUUUGUGUUUGUCUA